AUGAAACAACGUCUCCGCGAAAUCACAGACCCUUCCUCAUCCCCCUCCAUCACCAAGGAAGAAAACCCCUACCACCAUCUCCGCAUCACCGUCACAAGCGGUGGAUGCCAUGGAUUCCAAUACCUGAUGUCCCUGGAGGCCGCAUCCAAGAUCGACGCGGAGGAAGACACUGUUUUCGCAGCCGAGCCUGAGGAGGGAGAGGCAGAGGUAGCAGGUGCCGGAGAAGCUAAAGUAGUCAUGGAUGAGCCAUCGCUGGAGCUUCUUUCGGGCAGUACGGUGGACUAUACGAUGGAGUUGAUUGGAAGUCAGUUUAAGAUUGUGGACAACCCGCGCGCAACGAGUAACUGUGGGUGCGGGACUAGUUUUGAUGUUCAGGAUUAAAUGACCUAGCUAGAUAGGUCUAUUAUUCCUGGACCCAACCAACCUAACUGUAUAUGUGUAUCAUACUAGAAUAUGAGAUAGAGUAAUGCUAUACCCC